UUUGAACAUUGAUAGUAUAUCUUAAAAGUGCUAUGGGUGGUGCUUGAAGAGCCAUCAAUAGCUUUAAGUUAAGGUCAACGUCAAAUCCAAGACAGACUUUUCUCGUUUUAAAUAAUAAUGAGUCAUGCUCUCGAAGAAUUUCCGGUAUUUAUGCACCUAAGUCCUAGAUUAAGAGAAUCUCCUAAUACGUACAUUUUUUUACGCACUGUGUGUUAUAACUGUGCAGUGCCCACAUGUGAUAGCUUGGCCACUUCCAUUAUUCCCUAAAAAAAAAGCCGCGCACACUCCCGUUUAAGCAAAAUACAAUACAAAAACAAAAUGGUUUCUUUGUAAUAAAAUGUGUUUAUAUUGCAUUUUUAUGCAAAAUGAUGAGCCAAACGGCGAUUUUUGGCAUCUUUUAAUGCAUUGCCCAGUAAUCAGAUUCAAGGAACUAAAAACGUGAGUGUUCCCAACGGAAAAACCCCCAAAAGUGUUUAUUGCAAAAAAAUCGUACCACCGCCGCCACCACCACGUUAAUUGUAAAUAUAAAUAACCGUAAUUGUAUAAUAAUUACUCGAAAGCGAAACCGCGCGUACAUUUCAAGAUUGGUAAUAGCCUCGCAUACAAAAACCCAAUGGAGGUUACAUUUAAGACGUUCAGUUCUUCGAUCGUAAAGUGUGUUUGUUGUGCGAAAUAAUCGGCGAGAAGAUGAAUUUUGACUUUAAAGUUGAAAGAUGCGGGAAGGGUACAUCGGUUCGCUAGUUUAGCAAACAUCGCUCGACCUGCAUUAUGAAGGAGAUGGUAGGAGGUUGUUGCGUGUGUUCUGAUGAUAGAGGUUGGCCCGAAAACCCGUUAGUGUAUUGCGAUGGACAAUCCUGCACCGUUGCUGUACAUCAAGCCUGUUAUGGAAUAGUGACUGUCCCUACUGGACCCUGGUACUGUCGUAAAUGUGAAAGUCAAGAGAGAACUGCUAGAGUGAAGUGUGAAUUGUGUCCUAGUAAAUAUGGAGCUCUUAAGAGAACGGAUAACUCUGGCUGGGCCCAUGUGGUGUGCGCGCUGUAUAUACCUGAGGUUCGUUUUGGUAAUGUUACUACUAUGGAACCUAUCCAGUUACAGCUGAUCCCUAGUGAACGUUUUAAUAAGGUUUGUUACAUUUGUGAGGAGCAAGGCAAAGCUAGUAGUGCAGGCGUUGGAGCUUGCAUGCAGUGUAAUAAAGCCGGUUGCAAACAACAAUUUCACGUUACUUGCGCUCAAACAUUGGGCUUACUCUGCGAAGAGGCAGGGAAUUACCUUGAUAACGUGAAAUACUGCGGUUAUUGUCAACAUCACUACAGCAAAUUGAAAAAAGGAGGGAAUGUGAAGACUAUACCGCCUUAUAAGCCAAUUUCAAACGAGAAUCACCUGUCAGAUUCCAACUCGGAGAAGGAUUCCGAGACGAAUUUGUCCGUCAGUACGAAAUCAUCGUCUUCCCAGCCAGCUGCCACUGGUAAACGUAAAUCGUCGUCCGCUAAUAAGACGUCAUCAUCCAAUUCGAAAUCAUCGGCAAACUCGAAAACAGUUGUAUCCCACCAAAAAACCGUCCACAAUAAUAAUAGCAAAAUCGAGCGAGAUAAACCUAAAGUUACUAGCGCCGUUAAAAGUGCCAAAAGUGGGGACGAUAGUUCUGUCGCGAGUAGUGCUGUUGAUUCCGUCGUUGAAAUAAAGACUGAUCGCAUUGCGACGCCGGUCAUUAAAGACGCAAAAAUUGAGAUCGAACUCGAACCCAAAACUGAACAUAAAGAUAGUAAAAUUAACAAAAAACGGAAAUCGAACUCAAGGACGCCCACGCCGAAUACUGUGCCAAGUGAAUCUGUGAUUCCAGCAGCUAACUUAUCAGUGUUAAUCCCCGAGUUGAGUGCUAGCGUGCUUAGUGGUAUAACAGGCGGAACUGUGAUCGCGAUCGAAAAACGUGAAAGUAGUGUCGAAAGUGUCGACAAAAAAAAGGUUAAGCUUGAUCAUUCGCAGCCGGCUUUGAUACCAAGCGUGGCGAUUCCGAUCGCCGUUUCCCCAGUUGUUAAAAGCAAUCCUUCUCCGCCUCAGCUUUCUGUACCCGUCGACCAAGCUUCGGUACUUACGACAGUUAUAUCACCUACAUCUACCGGAAACAUCCUUCCUUCCAUUAACUCGUUAGUCGUUUCAGUACCCCUGCUUAACACAAACUUAAGUCCACAUCCCAAUAUCAUUAAUAACCCAACAAGUGUCGUCACGACACCCAUAACCUACCCUUCAUUGCCGCAAGAACAAAGUAUAGCGGAAAGCAUUCACAAACACAUAAACGAUAGUCCGAUAAUGACAGGGGACAGUAAUCAAAGUGCAAGUGUGAUCACAUCCGAAAUGAGCGGAGACGGUUUAAAAAUAACGUACGAACAACAACAAGGAGCCGUGCCCAUUGAUCUUGAAUCAAAUUCAAAUUUGGAGGAGCCACUUCCAACUAAGAGGACAAGAUCGAUGUCGGGCGAAAAGGCCGAAAGAGGCGGACGGCGAAAAAAGCCAGGCACGAACGUCGCAUCGACGCCUUCGAUGAACGCAACAAAACGAUCAAGCCGAUCUCAGAACACGACCUCACCGCCUAACUCAAGCUCGAUCAUUCCACCGAAUCAAAUUAAGGAAUCUCCGCCGAGUUCGCCCAACUCUGAAAGUCAAGGCGCGAUGACGCGCGCCAAUAGAAACAAGACUAGGCAAAAGGCGCAAGGUGUUCUACAAUCGACCGCUGCUUCUGCGCCCGGAAACGUUAAGGAGACGAAAGAUACUUUAAAAGUAUUUCAAAAUGGCGUCUCAGCUCCCCACAUGUUAGGAAAUCAAUUGAAUCCAAACUCGAAUAUGGCCCAGAAAAUGUCGGAUCACCUCAGCUCCGAAUUGGAGGCGCAUAGUAUAUUUAACGUAAACGAACCUUCCCCGCUUAUCGGACCGCAACUUCACCACCGGGUGCUUGCCAACGCAAGAUCCAACAGUACUGGUGGCUCGAGUACAGCAUCCGGAGGCAGCGGAUUCUCCAUGCUGGGUGGCGGGGGUGGUUCUAUUCCGCAAACUCUCGAUCAGUUGUUGGAGAGACAGUGGGAGCAAGGUUCUCAGUUUUUGAUGGAGCAAGCUCAACAUUUUGAUAUUGCUUCGUUAUUAUCAUGCUUGCAUCAAUUACGAGCGGAAAACUUGCGAUUAGAAGAGCAUGUUAGUUCGUUACUUCAAAGGCGAGACCAUCUCUUGGCUGUGAAUGCGCGCUUGGCAAUACCUCUAACAGGACAACCCGCCACUUCACAAAGUUCCCACCCUCACACAGUUAACAACAUUCACCCGUCGGUUCUCGCAAGUCACGGAGAGGCGUCGAGGUCACGCCACAAUAGCACCGGAUCCUACCCCUCGCAUCCCCAACAAGUUACCGUGCAACAUGCACCGAUGGCCGUCGAAAACGGUCUACCCCCCGAAACCACCCAAAUUUAUCCCCAUCACAGAAGUCCCGCGAGCACACAAUCGCAAUCCACCUCCUCAGUACGACAUUCACCUGCAGGAUCGACGGGGUACCCUAGUAGUGGGAUCAUGCGGCAAAGUGGGGACAGUGGUCGCACUGCUCCUCGACCGCAACCUUACCCAUUAUAUCAGGGUCCCGGACCUUCGACGGCACAGUCACAGGUGGUGAUCAGACGAGAUCCCGAAUUACAAACACAGCCAUCAUCCAAGCCUAGCUGAGAGCAUGAACAUCCAGCUUUUAGCAUUACACGCCUACUCAAUCUGCGCUGACAAAUCACGUGUAGUUUUAGCGAAAUUUUGGUUUGUUCUCGAAGAAUCAACGAAUAUUCCGGGGCGUCUGUGUGAAGUAGUCGUACGAGUUUGUAUUUCGACGAGUUUUUAAUGUGAUGUGAGCCUGAACUGUCCUGUUUUUAACAGCAAAUAGACUAGGAUUUUCUUUUUUGAUAAAAUCAAGAAAGUGACUUAUAAAGUCAAUUAAGUAACGUCGCCGUAAACCGUUAAUGUUUGUUGAUUAUUACAUAUCCACAUUUUAAUUUUAUCACUGCCAUAAAACCACUUGUAAGUCUUAUUUCAUGGAGAAAUUUUUAUCAAGUUCCUUGUGGUGCUAUAAUCUUAUUUUUGAGUUCGACGAGUUCAUGUUUUGUUACACUCUAUAGGGUUGUGUUCAAUUAGGAUUAUUUACGCAAUAGAAGACUAAUAGUGCCCCAGUGUAACAAAAAUUACCAAAAAAGCAUGUAGUUUUUACAUUCUCUCUUUGUACUUUUUAUUUAUAUUUUAAGCUAUUAUUUUUUUUUUAAGUUUUAUCUAAAACUCUCUAGAAUUCAUAUUGUGCAAGCUUAAUUGUAACUAUUACCAAAUCAUUUUUACACUUGGUUUAGUUACCACCAAUUUACAACUUAAGAGGGGUUCAGUAAAUGCAUUUGGGAACAUGUUAACAAACGGUAGGUUUUGCAUUUCUUUAUGUCUUUUAUUGACUAAACUUCUCUUAAAAAAGAAGUAUGCAUUUCCUGAGCCCUUCUAUAUUUAUUUUAUUUUAGCAAUAACUUAUUUCAAUGAAUGGCUCCUCUGUCACAAUUUAGUUUAAAGGUUGUAUAAAUGUUAAAUGAAAUGUACAGUUAAUACUAAUACCCUGUAUAAAUUGUUAGUCUAGCUAUUAGAUAUAAUUUUCAUCUCAGGGAAAUUACGUAGAGAACUUUCAAUAUUUAACAACAGUACCAAUGUUUCAGUAAGCGCAAUAACUUAUGUAUGCCAGUAAUCGGGAGCCAUAUUUAUUAUAAGAAAUAGAAUAAAUGCAAACCUUCUGUAGAGUUUUCGAUUUUAAUAUAGAUGUAGGAAAUCUU